AGAACAACAUAAGAAAACCUAGUUAGUUAUCACUACCCGAUACGACCCCACAAAAUCAGCACAAUUUGCAAUCAUAAUCUAUAAAUCAAAACACGAAAUUACAACAACAAUUUACCCUUUACGACAUUCGAUUCAUCUUAGAUUUUCAAGAUAGAAACCAACCAACGAUUCUUCAAACCACCCAGAUAAAAAUAAUAAACUUUCCCUCUUUCAUCAUCCGAAACUAGGGUUCCUAUAAUAAUCUUGAAUUCCAACCCGUUUCGUUUUUCUCGCAAAUUCGCAAUCUUUUUUAUAUUUUCAGACACCCUUUUUGUUCUUUAAUUGUUCUUUGUUCUUGCAAUUAGAAAUUAUGAGAGGAUGGUUUACGAAUUAGGUCAUGUAAGCGACCGAUUCAAGAACAAUAAUAACAACAUUGGUGUCGGUGAUCCUUGUAAAGAAGGAGGCUUUGUGGGUAAUUUGCACACGAAACGACGACGUUGUGGUGGUAAUAAUGUUAGUGAGUUUAUCGGCAACAUUGCCAAGAGUUAUAUGGAGACAACUGAGGGUGAGAAUUGGGCAUCCAACCUUACCAGUCAUCUGAAUAGCCGUUUUCCGACUUCUAUCGAUACUCCCAAGGUACUUGCAUUGGGAUUGCAGAACUUUAUUCAGCAAGACGUACAUGAUGCUAAUCUUCAUCAGAUAAUAUCCGCACAUUCAUCUUUGUCAGACUUGUUGGUUUCAAAUUCAUUUUUCCCGCCUCAAAAUGACAAGAAUUUGGGAUACAAUUGUUAUAGUCCCGCUUCUUUGAACAUCUAUAAUCCUAUUUUGUGUGGAGGAUCAGCGUAUGACGAGUAUAUCCAAGAUGUUUCUUAUGGUGGUGUGAACUUAAUUUCUCCGUUGAGCGUAAAACAGAGUGAUCUAGACAUAAUUACUUCACCUGAACAGGUGUCAUCCAUCACUGCGUGUUCUUACAGUGAUAUGAUAUCCGAUACUGAAGCUUUUGAUAGCAUAACAGCAAAAAGUUCCUUCCAACAACAACCUUUUUAUAACAAUAACAGUCAAUACAGAAGCUUUGCUGGGAAUAAUAUGAGUGCAUACAACAUGGACCAUUCGUUAUUAUCGAUGGAUGACGUGCAAUCUCCAUUUCCAAAUUCGUGUAAUGUCCAACAGAGUUUCCAGAACCUUCCGGAAGCUAGUGAUAGUUUACAGAACAAAAGUAACAACCAGGAUUCAAGUGAUGCAUAUGAUCUUAAAGUUCUUAAUGCAUAUGUUAUGUACAAGAAGAUGCCAGCAAACUUGAGAAAAGAAGUUUCUUUUCAGAAUUAUAUGCAUGUAGCCGAAUGCAAGGAGAAUUUAUGCAAGUGCCACCUGCAUCUUGAACUGUCGUCACAUUUUGACAAUUGUGAUCAUUUAAAUUGCGGUAUUUGUGGACCUGAAAGGGCUUUAUGUGGUAGUAUUGGUAGUUUUCAAAUGGAAUCUAGAAAAAGGAAACUUGACCAAUCAGUGGUUACUGAUGAUAUGGGCCCCACUGGUACUGGAACUCUUUUAGAUGCAUUGCGUACGAAGUAUCCGAAGUUGGAGAGUUCGUUAGUCGGGGAAGAUGCUACCAAUAAUGACCAGAGAAGUAAAGUCAAUGGCUCACAUGAUCAACAGGAAACGACAGUCGUAAAGCAGAGUGAUGGCAUUGCGAACAAUGAAACGAUGAAGCGUCCAAAGUUGGAUAGUUCAACAGUUGAGGAAGAUGCAUGUGAUCAGCAGGAAACAACAGUGGUAAAUCAGAGUGAUAAUAUCGCAAACGACGAGAUUAUGAAAUAUACGAAGUUGGAGAGUUCUACAGUUGGGGAAGAUGCUAUGGAUGAUGACCAAAAAGCGGUAGUCGGUGCACAUGAUCAACAUGAAUUAACAGUCGUAAAUCAGAGUGAUGAUGUUUCCUCAGUUGGGGAAGAUGCUAGGGAUGAUGAACAGAGAGGAGUGGUCAACGAUGCAUGUGGUCAACAGGAAUUGACGGUGGUAAAUCAGAAUGACAGUAAUGCAAACAAUGAGAUGAUGAAAUAUCCAACAUUGGAGCGUUCAACAGUUGGGGAAGAUGCUAUGGAUAAUGACCAGAGAGGGGUAGUCAGCGGUGAACAUGAUCAACCGGAAUCAACAGUGGUAAAUCAGAGUGAUAAUAUUUUAAACGCUGAAAUGACGAAAUCGCCCCAAGUAUGUUCUGAUAAUCUUUCUUCAAAAGAAAUGACCACUGAUGAAAAAGAGAAAUCUGGGCAGGCCAUAACAGAAGCAAGUAAUGAUUUGAGUUCUGGUGCUGAUGUGGCGGAUUUGCAUUCAAAUAAAUCUAUGACACCAAAUAUGUCGAUGGUUGAUUGCGAUUCAGCCUUAGGACCAGAUCAUACCGAAAUAAAAAUCGCAUCUUUGACCGAUAAUGAAAUGACGAAACCCCCUCAGUUGUGUUCUGAUCAUCUUUCUUCAGAAGAAAUGAGCGUCGGUGAAAAAGAGAAAUCUGGGCAGGCCAUAAUAGAAGCAAGUAAGGAUUUGAGUUCUGGUGCUGAUGUGGCGGAUUUAAACUCAAAUAAAUCCAUUACACCAAAUGUGUCUACGGUUGAUUGUGAUUCAGUCCUAGAACAAGACAAUACAAGCAUAAAAAUCGCAUCUUUGACUGAUAAUGACUCAUCAUUGGAGCCAGAGAAGAUCAAAAUACAAAGUGUAUCUUUGGCUGAUUUUUUCACUGCAGAGCAAAUUAAAGAGCAUUUGUUGAGUUUUACAUCUCAAAAGGCGUUAACGCAGGUUGUAUCAGAAAACAGAGCACCUUCGAUCGGAUCCAAUACAUGUCAAUUAUGUUCAAUGGAUAAGCUCGUGUGUGCCCCUGCACCAAUAUAUUGCUCAUCAUGCGACACGCGUAUCAAACGAAACGUUGGAUAUUAUCGAUCAACCAAUGUUGUCGGUACACGUCAUUCUUUUUGCAUGUCAUGUUACAGAGGAUCUCACGGGAAUAGUAUUGUACUGCGUGGGUAUGGGCAUUCUAUGCCCAAAUCAACUCUACAAAAGGCAAGGAACGAUGAGGAAAAAGAGGACUCCUGGGUUCUUUGUGACAAGUGUCAAUGCUGGCAGCAUAGAAUAUGUGGUCUUUACAACGAUGAAAAAGAUGUUGAAGGGAAAGCUGAAUAUAUUUGCCCUAAAUGUUAUUUAGAAGAACUAGAAAGUGGGACCCGUGUUCCGUUACCGCAAACCACCGCUUCUGGAGCAAAAGAUUUACCAAGAACUAAUCUAAGUGAUCACAUUGAGCAACGCCUGUUUAAACGUCUUGAUCAAGAAAGACAAGAAAUGGCAAAGGUUUCCGGAAUCGAACCAAACGAGGUACCUGGACCUGAAGGUCUUGUUGUGCGAGUAGUUGUAUCUGUUGAGAAACAGUUGGAAGUUCGGCAGAAAUUUAUAAACAUACUUCACGGAGAAGAUUAUCCAUCGGGAUUUACGUACAGAUCAAAGUUAAUUUUUUUAUUCCAGAAAAUAGAAGGGGUAGACGUGUGCCUAUUCGGAAUGUGUGUUCAGGAGUUUGGAUCAGAAUGUGGAGGCCCAAAUCAACGUUGUGUGUAUAUCUCGUAUCUUGAUUCUGUAAAGUACUUUAGACCAGAGAGAAAAUGCGUGACGGGUGAAUCUCUUCGGACCUUUGUUUAUCAUGAAAUAUUGACUGGAUACCUCGAGUACUGCAAGAAACGCGGAUUUGCCACCUGUUACAUUUGGGCAUGUCCGCUUAUAAAAGGCGAAGAUUACAUUUUUUACUGCCAUCCGGAGACUCAGAGAACACCGAAGCAGGAUAAGCUACGCCAGUGGUAUAAAUCAAUGUUAAAGAAAGCAACAGAAGAUAAUAUUGUUGUUGACCACACUAAUUUAUACAAUCAGUUUUUUGUUCCUAAUGGGGAGGGGAAUAUGAAGAUUACUGCAGCCCGUUUGCCCUAUUUUGACGGUGAUUAUUGGUCCGGGGCUGCUGAAAAUAUAGUUAGGAAACUUGAAGUAGAAGAAAGCACUGGUGGAUUGCAGAGCAAGUUACCCAACAAGAGAAUCUUGAAAGCCAUGGGACAGGACAAAAAUGAUAUUGCCGUGAAGGACGUCUUAGUAAUGCAAAAGCUGGGCCAAACCAUUCUUCCUGUGAAGGAAAACUUUAUGAUUGUCCAUUUACAAUAUAUUUGCACGCAUUGCCGUGAAGUUAUCUUAUCGGGAAGCCGAUGGUUUUGCAGCCAUUGCAAAAAGUUUCAACUAUGUUCUAGAUGUUUUAAUGCCGAUAAGAAAAUUUCCGAGAGUAAACUGCACGCAUGUCAUUCUAGUGAAAAAAAACAACUCUCUGAGGUUGUUGUGAAUGAUGUGACUCUUGAUACCAAGGAUACAGAUGACGUGUUUGUGAACAGUUUCUUCGAGACCCGUGAUGCAUUUUUAAACAAAUGCCAGAAAUCUCAUUUUCAGUUCGAUACACUUUCACGUGCGAAAUAUUCAUCUAUGAUGAUUUUAUACCAUCUAAUCUACAAGCCGGUAAUUAAACCGACAUGCACUGCUUGCCAUUCUGAUGUCAUGGUUGAGCAAUGCUGGCAUUGCGACACCUGUACUAAGUAUUAUAUUUGUGAAUCAUGCUACAAAAUGAGACACGGUGCGUAUCAUCCCCACAGUUUAAAUCCACCUUCAAUGGAUUUCGAAUAUGCGUCCAAAAGUCAACUUCUUCAGAUGCAAAAAGAUUGGCCGAUAAGGUGGGUGUUGGAUACGUUAAUGCAUGCCUCUGGAUGUGAUCGGAUACCGUGUGCUUAUAAAGAAUGUAAUACUAUGAGAAGACUUUUUUACCAUGCUGCUAGAUGCAACGUCAAAGUUCGCGGUGGUUGCAAAUAUUGCCAACGAGUAUGGACGAUACUAAAGAAGCACUCACAAAUAUGUACAGAUUCUGAUUGCAAAAUACCUCGCUGCAUGGAUAUAAAGAAGCAUAAGGAGAUGCUUGCAGCGCGGUCCGCAGAUCAGCAAGUUACAAUGAAUGAUCAGCAGCAGGAAGUGGUUCCUGUUGGAUAGCUGCUUAAUGUAAAGGAAAUAUAGAGUUUUGCGACUAACUUGGAUAGAUAUUGUUAUUUUGUAGAGUGAUAGGUGAUGUGUGAUUUUUGCUGUAUGUGAAAAUGGGAACAUCUACUAUAUUAUAUAUAGGGUCUAGAGAGAGUAGUUGAAGAUCACAAACAGGUUAACUAACUUGCUUUGUGUAGGAAAAUGAGUAGUUGGACCAUCUGGUGGUCUGGAAAUGAUUUUGCCCCAAUCAAGUAAAGGUGAAUUUUUUUAGUUUUAUUUUAAAGACUAGUUUUGAUGUUUGAUGACUCAUUCAUUUCCUGUUGUCUCAUAAAGAUGAAAUUUUUAAUGUUAUGUUGAAGACUA